UUUAGUUUAUGAUCGUAAUGUCGUCGUCCAUCUGUCAUUGCUUCACACGCAGAAAUUUCUUGAUUUUUUAUCUAAUGUGAAAAAUGGUGCUAUGGAAAUGAACGGUUGGAGAUAUUAUGCAAACAUCAAGAGGACAUCUGAACCUUUUUUGAAAUCUACAUCUUGACGAGUGGGUAAAAUGACUUGAAAAUGAAGAACGGAUGCGAUGAAACUUUGGAGGCUAAAAUUGCUGAACAGGGCGAACGCGCUAGAAAACUUUAUCGAUAUGUGAAUGACGUCGCGAGGCGCGUCGGCGAAGCCACCGUAGCCUGUCGCUCGGUAUCAGAUCUCUUUUCCACCAUGUUAGAGGUCCAGCGGCAAAAACUAAGGGACAACUGUGAAAAACUUAUCUUCCUGGACCCUGUAAAUCACGGAAAGAAAUCGCUGGAGUUGCUGUGGAGGAAGGUAUAUUAUGAUACUGUAACAGCAGCAAAAAAGCUUCAAGAAUCAAACCUGGACAUUUAUUUGUUCACACAUAUUGUGGGUGGCAUAGGCCAUUUCCAUCACUUAAUUACAAGGAUACAGUCUGAGAUGAAAGUGCAAUACAAAGAAUUGGACUACAUCAUUUUACCAGAUGAUGAAGAAAAUGAAGUAACCAGAACACCUUCUGAAAAUGAACUGCAGUUUGGUCGAUCUGCUUUGCAUUCUUGUUUGAUUUACCUCGGAGACCUCAGUCGAUACCAAGCAGAGAUAUUUCAUAUGUUUGAUGCCUCUAUUGCAGCCCGUUAUUAUCUCCAAGCUGCACAUAUUGAUAUGUCUUCUGGAAUGCCAUAUAACCAGCUUGGAAACCUGUACCUUGAUAAAAAUUACAACCUUGAUUCUGUAUGUUACUAUAUUCACUGUCUUAGUUGUGUUUCACCAUUCGAGGGUGCUAUGGGAAAUUUAACUAAAAUAUUUGAAAAGAAUACCCAGUUUAAUGAAGCCUCUUCUGGACCUGAAUCACUAACCCAGGGUGAGCACAUCCAGAAUACUGUUGCAAACUUUCUCUCCUUAAUAGAAAUUUGGUAUCUAAGUAAAAAUGACACCAAUAUUCCACAGAGGUGUAAUGUUAUUGCUCAGGAGCUUAAAAUUGCAAUGGAUUUUACAAUGAAUCCUCUGCCAGACAUUAAUAAGAACUAUGAAGAGUAUUCCCAAGCUAUUGAGGAAGAAAGCAUUAAUCCCUCUUACCUGAAUGGUAAUCUCAUACACAAAAUAGUACAGAUUUGUCUAUUUACCAUUGCAAAAUUGAAUGAAAUAGAUGAACAGAAAGCAUUUGCUUGUAAAGCCUUUACAUUAGCGCUGCUGUCACAGUUGUUACAAAAACUACUUAAACAACUAGAAUCUUUGGGACUCAAGAAUCCUGCCCAUAACUAUAAACCAAGGACAAGAUCUUUAUGCGAGUCAGAAUCAGAAAAGCCAGAAGAAAUAACAAAUGGCAACUCCUCUCCAACUGCCAACAUUAUUCCUAAUGGAAAUGAAUCACAUGAGGAUGGAAACAUGUUGGCAGAAGACCAAGUUGAUGAAGAUACAAAAAAAAUUGCAAAUGGUGAUGCAAAGACAGCUAAGAAAGUCCUCGCGAAAAGGCGACGAAGGCGCAGACUCGCUUCUUCAGAGAGCUCUGACAUGAGUGAUGCAGACACUGAGAGCAGUGAGGUUGAAACAGAGGAAACCUGCUCAGAUGAGGAAGACUUAUCAGAGUCCAGCUACCAAUCUGAAGAAGACACUAAAAGUGAUGGGUCAUUCUAUGAUUGUUCUGAUACAGAAGAAAUUAAAGACAAAGUCAAUGGUGCAGCUAUUGAAAAUUUAAAGGAAGAUAAAAAAACUGCAACAAAUAAUUCUAACAACCAUGAAAAUGUAUCAGCUACUAUUUUAACUGGAUUUGAAUUAAAUGAAAAUGAAAUUAAACAAUUUCUUCUCGGCGACAAUAUUCUGCCAAGCAUCAAGCUACUUCAAGAUUGGAUUCUCACAGAGAAAGAUUUGAUUUUAUCUUGUGGUGACAGUGGAGAAUCAUUAUUUCAAUGUGUGGUGGAUUUAUUGAACAUUUUCACAUAUCACUUCAACUCUAAAAACAAUGAAAUAAAGGAUUGUAGCAUUCUGCAAUAUGUCAAAGGAUUAACAAAGAAAUUAAAACUUGAAUAUAAAACCAUCCCUCUGCCCGAAGACGUCAACUUACGCGGCACCAACAUUUGCAAGUUCGAUAAGGAUGCUGCAGAAUGGCAGAUCCUAGACAGAUACAAACCAUCUGUCUAUGAAGAAAACAUUAUUAGAAUAUUAUAUUUCAUUGAAUUUGGAAAUCAAAUCGCCAAGAUCAUACCGAGGAUUCGAUAUAAUAGAAGUAUGAAAAUAUUCUUCUUGAAGAAGAUACCAGUCCCGAAAUUGAACACCAAAAUCAACCACAAAAGAAGCAGGGAAUGGCACAACUCAAAGAAAACGGAGGGUGGCGAGGCGGGGCUGCUGCGGCGCCUGGGCCGGCUGUGGCUGGCGGCGCGCGUGCGCGAGCUGGAGCGCUGCGGCCGCGCCGCCGCCGCGCCCGCGCUGCUGGCGCUGGACGCCGCCGCGCUGCACGCCCACCUGCGCCGCGUCAAGCAGCUCGUGCGCACCAACAACUUCAUCCUCCUCGUGCCCACAGUUGUAUUACAAGAAUUGGACGACCUGAAACGAGAACGGAGCACUGCUCGCGACGCCAUACGUUGGCUGGAGAUACAGUUGAAGAGCGGAUCGCGCUUCCUGCGCGCGCAGCGCCCCGGGCAGUCGAAGCCGCUGCCUUUACUUAAAUACCCCCGCAAAGCCCCUCCGCACGUACACAAUUUCAUACAGAUACUGGAAUUCUGUAAUCACUUCAUAGCGGAUGAGAAACACACGCAGGGCGGUAACGGCGACCCCGACAACUCGCUGCAGGGCAAGUCGGCACCGCUGCUCAUCCUGCUGGUGGGCGACGAGCCCGGCCGCGACGAGCAAUACAAGGAGUUUAGCCUGAUGGGCGCGGCGCACGCGGCGGGCAUAUCCGUCGAGUACAUCUGCGACUUCUACACCAAGUGGCGGCAGACCCUUCACAAGAGCGGCAAGAAAAGGUGAAAGUGUUUACCACAUGCAUCGGGUCCUGGCUAUAGCGAAGGGAACGACACGAACUCCCUUCGUACUCAACGAUGGAAUGGAUCAUCUGUUUCAGAAAUGAAUAUACGUACGCUGAUCCUACCGCGAGCGUAAAAAGCAUAAAAUAAAGUAAUCUUAAUAAGUUGCUUAUAAAAUGAUAACACGGGUUUAAGGCUCUCGGAAGGCCUGUUUUCUUUGGAUAUUAUCAUCUUUUAUCCCAAAUACUAUGUUUAGUAUUAACAAUCAUUUAUCAUUACCAUGCUUUAGUCAACAUGAUAAGUACCUCAUAUAAGACAUGGUAUCUCCAUGUAAUUGGCAAUUUCAUAGCAUCGUUCACAUUUUAGUUCAUCCAAUAUCCAUUUCAUGUAAAGGGUGUUGAGUAAUAUUUCGGUCGUUUAAGUUUGGUUUCUUUGUUUUCAUAUGUCAUUGGAAUAAAUAUAUGUUCUCAUCA